AACAUGCUCAGAAUCGGAUUGUCCUCUGUGAGAGGGGCCAGAAUCGCCAGAGCUGCUCCCAGAGUUUCUGCCUUCAGAAGCUUGACCACCAAGACUACCAUUACUGACCACGCUACUGGGCGAGUUAUCACCUUGACCGACCCCAACAGACCAGAGAUAGGUGACUAUCCCGACUUCACACCGCAGUUGGCCCAAGACAAGGAUCCAUAUGCCAAAUAUGAUGAUCCCCAAAAUAGAAGAAACUUGAACGAUCCCGUUUCCAUUAACGAUGAUUUGUACGACAUCUGGUCUCCAGACUACUACCAGUUUGUCUCAGACAAGACUGCUUUGAAACAUAACGCUAUAUUCUUUUCGCUUGUAUUUGGCUUCGGUGCUACCAUCUGGUACUUCCAGUUGAACCCGGAGAAGCCAGCCAUGCCUAGAUCUUUCCCAUUUGGUGGUUUGGCCAAAGAGUUGGGCUCGGGCUCAGCUGAAGAUGACUACUUCUAUCGUGUUAAAGCCGAUACUACUGCAGAACAGGAGUUAGGCUUCUUGGGUGCCGACAAUGACACGGUUGCCAACAAGGACUCGUACAUAAGCCAGAAUUCGGACUUUAUCAAGGCCUAAUGUCGUUAGCCAUUCACAAACCAGACUAGAAAGAAGCUACCAAUACAGCAACGUAAGUAAUAAGAAAAAUCUGGAAGUGCUAUUCAUCUCGUUUGAUGUUUAAUUGACGUAACAUAGCAACUUACAAUUUUUUGAAUUUCCUUCUAGUCUCAUCAUCAGCCCGCUGCUUUCGUGCAGUGGGCCCAUAGACCUCUCGGUUUUCCAUCGCAUUAUCAUUGCUUUAGUAAGGAUAUAUAUAUUUUCA